CUUCACACCAAGAUGGGAAGCAGUGAUAAAGCCAGGGCCGGGCAAACCGGUGCUGCCCGUUCGUCAAGUCCAAAAAUACACUAUCCAUUCUGGUUUGGGGGGUCAGCAUCAUGUUUCGCAGCCGCCGUGACGCAUCCUUUGGAUCUCGGUGAGUUCGAUUGCAAACUCGUGGACCCGGGGAUCCCACGGGAAUGAUGAGGACCAUAGUUCACAUCUGCAGGUCAAAUGGAUUUUUGGGCCUUUACAAUGGUUUGUCAGCGUCCCUUCUACGGCAAAUAACAUAUUCGACUACUCGAUUUGGGAUCUAUGAAGAGCUCAAGUCUCGUGUGACGCAAUCUUCUUCGUCUCCUCCAUCGUUGCUAACACUGAUCGGCAUGGCGUCAUUCUCCGGCUUCGUGGGUGGGUUGGUUGGAAAUCCUGCCGAUGUCACAAACGUCCGGAUGCAGCGCGAUGCGGCUUUGCCUCCCGAGAAACGGCGGAAUUAUCGACAUGCUUUUCACGGAAUGUCGCAAAUGCUCCGUACAGAGGGAGCGGCUAGUUUGUUUCGCGGAGUCUGGCCCAAUUCUCUGAGAGCACUCGGUAUGACUGCAGCGCAGCUGGCGUCGUACGACGAGUUCAAACAAAUAUGCAUGGGUCACUUCGGGAUGGCCGACAAUAUCACCACUCAUCUUACAGCAUCUGUCAUGGCAGGUUUUGUUGCGACCACGCUCUGCAGCCCCAUUGAUGUUAUAAAAACUCGGAUCAUGGGCGCUAGUUCCGCAGAGUCCAGUGGCCAUACCAUCGUUGGAUUUUUAAGAGACAUAUUCAAGAAAGAAGGAUUUUCAUGGAUGUUCCGCGGUUGGAUUCCGAGCUUUACACGCCUGGGACCUCACACAGUCGCGACAUUUUUGUUCUUGGAGCAACACAAGAAGAUUUACAGAGCGUUGAAACGGCCUGAUAGUGACACCAAAGCAACCCUCUAG